AUGGUGGCGGCCGCCCGCCGCGGAGCGCUGCUGCUGCUGCUCGCCGCCCUCGGGGCCUGCCGCCCGCGCGCCGCCCGCACCGCGGAGCCGUGUCCGCGGCGCCUGGACUGCGCCCUGCAGCGACGGAAGUUCUGCCCGCUGGGAUCGAGCACCUGCGGCCCCUGCCUGCCCAACUUCCUGGAGGACAGCCAUGGACACUGCCUGCAGGAGAAGCGCUCGCCCAGCGGGAGGACGUCUGUUCCCAGCUUAGGAGAAGAAAUCGACUUUCUGGCAAACAUGCUGGCCAGGCAAGAUGCUACCCAUCCCCACACCCUGCGAGAUGGCAAGCCCAGGACCACCCCGGCCCCCACCGGGAGACAGCGAGCGCCCAGCAGGCUGAGUCAGGAGCUUCUGCAGAGGGGCCCGGCCGGCAGCAAGGCGGCUGCCACCCUCCCCACCUCUACCACUGCCACUGCACCGAAAUACCCCGUGGAGGCAGCCCCCGUCCCUUCGAAUGACGAUGUGGUGCUCGGGCUGAUUGUGGUGUGCACACUAGCUGGGAUCUCCGCUCUGAUUGUGGCCGCAGUCUGCUGGUGCAGGCUGCAGAAGGAGGUCAGGCUGGCACAGAAAGCAGACUACUCGGCGCAGAGAGUGGCCAGCCCUCUGCCCUACGACAAGAUCUCGCCUGGGGACAAAACGCUGGCUCAGAGUGCCCAGAUGUACCACUACCAGCACCAAAAGCAGCAGAUGCUCUCCAUGGAGAAGCAUAAAGAAGAGCCCAAGGUACCAGACUCCGCCUCAUCCGAUGAGGAGAACGAGGACGGAGACUUCACCGUGUACGAGUGCCCCGGGCUGGCUCCGACCGGAGAAAUGGAAGUGAGGAACCCGCUGUUCGACGACUCUUCCCUGCACCCCCCGAACCCCAAGGUGCACCCGUAGCACCCCGCGCCCGAGCUUUCUGCGGACCGCACGACCCGGGCAGAGCACGGCCCCCCCCCACCGCCGGACUGCUCGACGCCUGCCCAAUAAACACCCACUAACAGCCGUGGGACGGGGGCUGCCCUGCUUCAAGCGUCCUUGUCCUCUUUGCCGCUGUGAUCGCGUCCCUGCCACCGCCCGCUGCUCCGGGGCACCCCGAGGGCUGAGGGGGCCGGGGAUCCCCGCUGUGCUGUGCUUUGCGGAGGGCGGGGGUUCGUGUCCCGGUGCUGCAUCCUCAGCGCGGCAGCGACCCGCUGUGAGGUGGCCCUGAGCUGCCCCGUCCAACCCGUGGGGCUGGAGCUGAGAGCAGUCCCGGAGCCGCCGAGCCCCGGGGUGGGGAGACCCUGUGGGCCCGCUGCAUGCGGGGGUCGUCCUCGAGGCCCUUGCAGCUCGCCGGGAUCUCACCCCAGGCCUCGGUGCGAUGAACGGUCCGAAGGGGUUCAGCAUUUCAGUUUUAAACCAACGGGGGAGGAAAGAGAGGAGCGCCGGAGCUGCAGGCUGGGUGCACUCGCUGUUCUGCAGUGCUGCGCUGCUCCCUGAGCCCCACAGCGCCCGCAGGGUGAGCGUGGCUGAGCCCAGUGCCGAGCAGGGGCACCCCCUGCACACCAUCUCCCCAUCACCUGCCCGUCUCUGUGCCCACGGCCCUGCCGGGCAGACCCACACCUUUCACAGCCUCCCUGUGGAGCUGCCCCAAGCAUCUCUCUGUGACAUGGGACAGCCUCCUCCCGUCCACCCCGGGCUCCCACCCCCCACCUGCACGCUCUGCCCGUGUCUGUGUCUGGGUAGAGCAUGCAGGAGCCUGGGGCUUUGUGUCCUUGCCAGCUGCUGCCGACACAUCCCCGAUGCUCCAAGCCCGAAGUCUGCACUGCAUUGGCCUCAACCCCUCUGGCACAGGGCCUGGGAUGAGUUUGGGGUUGCUUUUCACAGAUGUGGUUUCGUGUCCAGAGCCCGGCACAGGCAUUGCAGCCGCAGGUGACCCUGCUGCAUGCAGGAGGCCCAUUGCAGGCGCAGCACAGCAGAGAUGGCAGCGUGGCCAUGCUCUGGGCAGCGAUCGUCACUGCACAGAUCCUUUCUCUUUGCCGUGCUGUUACAUGUGGGUCGCUGCCCCUCUCCCUCAGACCAUUGUUAUUGUAUGGAUUGUAGUUAUUUUAAAAGGAGAUUUUAUUAAACGACCAUGUUUGAGACCCA